CACAUUUCCGUUAAAUUCUAGAAACAGAAAUCGUUACCGUGACAAUUCGCAUUGCCACCUCCGAAUUUCUAUUCCAAUUUGUCAGUUCUCCAAUGUUUUAUUCAACUGAACUUCUUUCUCUCAGAAGGAAAGGCAAAUUAGCCAAAUGCUGGUUAGCCGCAACCUUUAGUGAAAAGAUGUUUAAGGAAACUUGCAGACCAAUACUAAUUAAGAAGAUUAACAUAGUCCUUACUUGGCAUGAAGAAUUUAACGCGGUAAUGGCGUUAGAAUUACCGGAUGUUCCUCCUAUGGAAGAUGUGUUCCGGAAUUUAGAAAUUCCACCAAAUUCGCAUUUAAUUACAGAAGAACCAUAUACUUCCGUUAUAGGACGUUUGAUGCAAGAUGAAAUGUAUUUCGGGAUACUAUCCGAACAUGAUAUGGAACAAUACUUAGCCAGACCAGAGCUAUCCUUAAACGAAAUACGAAGAUUUCCUUGGGAUCAAUCGGCAGAAAUUCAUGAGGAAUCGGUGCAAGUUCCUUUUGUUGAUGUUAACAGAUUUGAGGUUGAGACAAUCGAAACUGAAAGAGAAACACGAGUAGCAUCCGCUGAAAAUGAUCAACACAAAUCCUUUGUCGUUCCUAGAGGCUCGGAUGUUAAAAAGUCUGCGAAUUCUAGGAAAAGAACUUUAAUAUCUCCAACAGAAAUUCCUGCGAAAAGAAGCAAGAUAAGUCCUGCAGAAGAUUUACCACCUCCGCUUCCAAUAGAACCACCACCACCACCGAUAGACGAACCUCCAUCUGCACCUGAAUUACCAUUUCAAUUACAGCAAGGUUUAUCAGUUCUUGAAAAUAUAGAAUUAAUUGAAGUAGUAAAGCCAAAAAAGACAAGAAAAUGUUUCGAUGAACGAACUCAACUGUCUGGUAGCGUCAUGCGAAAAUAUAUCAGAAAUGUUUUCGUUCAUACAAGACCUCUUUGGAGAGAAAGGUCUACGUCUAUUUUACUACAAGGAACUGAAUAUCUAAGACAACCAUCAACGAAAAUUGCCGAUAUAUCGUGGGGAAAAACAUUAAAUAAAUUGUUCAGUAGUUGUCUUACGAAACCAUUGGCGCAAACGGUUCAAAACGAUUUUCAAGAUGUUCUUGAUUUUGAAAUUGACCAGACAACAGCUGGAGAAACUAUUCGUGUGGGCGCUUUAAGUAGACUACCGGAUCAAACAGAUGAAUUAUCAUCAAGAAAGCUUAUGUUUACUGCACCUGAAAUUACUUAUCAAUCUAAAACAUUAGAAAAAAUCCUCCAAACAGAAAAUCUCGUAGCAGGGGAAGAAGAAGAGCGUCCUGAAGAGCAAAGAAAAGAAACAAAGAAAUUUGAAGAACCUCUAAUUGAACUUCCUGAAAUUACAGGUUUUGAAGAAAAAAUUGGAGAAAGGACAAUAACAGAAAAAUCAUCUGAUGGGAGAAAUGCAAAAUCCAGUUCUUCCUCCGUUUCAAAGACACAUUUAAUCAAAAAAGAGUUAUUAGCAUUAAUGGAAACUCAUUGGAGUGAAAGGACAUUCAUAAAAUUUCAUGAUGUAAUUUCACCAGAGAGUUGUAAUAAAUUUGAUGCUGCAUCCACCUUUGUACAAUGUUUAGAACUCCAUGCAAAGAAAAGGAUAAUUCUGAAACAGGCUGAACCUUUUGAUACAAUUUGGAUACAGAAAUACCCUUAUUAUACUUCAGAAAGUGGUAACAGCACUGCUGCAGCAUCAUGAUUAACUUUUCAUAAUUAACCGUAUAA